CUCCACCUCAUCUUCUUCCUCCUCCUCCUCUUCCUCCUCUUCAUCCUCAUCUUCCUCACUCCAGCGAUGGCGUCCAAAUGUCCAAAAUGUGAGAAGACAGUGUAUUUUGCGGAAAAAGUUUCAUCUUUAGGAAAAGACUGGCACAAGUUCUGCCUGAAAUGCGAGCGCUGCAACAAAACCCUGAAUCCAGGAGGCCACGCCGAGCACGACGGGACGCCGUACUGCCACAAGCCGUGCUACGCUGCCCUGUUUGGACCAAAAGGCGUGAACAUCGGCGGAGCCGGGUCCUACGUGUACGACGCUCCCGUCAACGAAGCCCCCGCUGCCGUUUCCGUGGAGACGGACGCCAAACCUGAGGAGAAGAAAGCCCCGACACGGGGACCGGUGAAGGCUGCCAGCUUCUCCUCCUUCUCCGGCGGGCCGAACAUCUGUCCCAGGUGUAACAAGACGGUCUACUUCGCCGAGAAGGUGUCGUCCCUGGGGAAGAACUGGCACCGGCCGUGCCUCCGCUGUGAGCGCUGCAGCAAGACUCUGGCGGCGGGAAGCCAUGCAGAGCACGACGGACAACCUUACUGCCACAAACCCUGCUACGCCGUGCUGUUCGGGCCCAAAGGCGUGAACACCGGCGGCGUGGGCAGCUACAUCUACGACGAUCCGGAGGCGGAGGAGAAGCCAUGAGAGCGCCUUCAGACGACCGCGGAACCGGACGGACCUCCCGCUCUUCACGUCCUCU